UGGAACAACAUGUGCAAAGUUGGCAAAACCCUGCAUAAUUUACUCACCCCAUUGGCAACCUUCUUUACUAACUUGCAUCUUCUCUUCCCUCUGCCGCCUCCAUUAGCGUUUCCUUGAGUGUAAUCUGAGAAAACAAAACCAAAAUGUUGGACAUAAAUUUAUUCAGGGAAAACCCUGAUAAAAUCCGCGAAUCUCAAAAAGUUCGUUUUGCCGAUGUCGCCAUUGUCGACGAGAUUAUCAGCCUCGAUCAAGAAUGGCGCAAACGUCAAUUUGAGUUGGAGACCUUGCGCAAGGACUUCAAUAGGAUCAACAAAGAGGUGGCACGCUUGAAAAUUGCUGGUGAGGAUGCAUCUGAAUUGAUCAGAAGCACAGAAGAGAAUAAGAAAUUAACUGCCGAUAAAGACGCUGAGGUUCAAGAAGUUAAGGCUGCAUUAUAUGCCAAAUUGGAAUUGGUUGGAAAUCGGGUUGAUGAUUCAGUCCCCAUUAGCAAUGAUGAGGCGGACAAUGCUGUGAUUCGAACAUGGGGUGAAAAGAGAACAGAGUCAAAGUUGAAAAAUCAUGUUGAGCUUGUUGAGCUUCUGGGAAUAGUAGACACAAAGAAAGGCUCUAAUGUUGCUGGGGCUAGAGGUUUUUACUUGAAAGGCGAUGGUGUGCUUCUAAAUCAAGCUCUGAUAAAUUUUGGUCUUGGUUUUCUGUCAUCAAAAGGAUAUACACCAUUAAUGACCCCAUUCUUCAUGCGGAAAGAUAUCAUGGCAAAAUGUGCUCAAUUAUCCCAAUUCGAUGAAGAACUUUACAAGGUAACUGGCGAGGGAGAUGACAAAUAUCUUAUUGCCACUGCUGAGCAGCCACUCUGUGCUUUCCACUUGGGCGAUUGGAUUCAUCCUUCGCAACUCCCGAUAAGAUAUGCAGGAUACUCAUCGUGCUUUCGUAAAGAGGCAGGUUCACAUGGGAGAGAUACUCUUGGAAUUUUCCGAGUCCACCAGUUUGAGAAAAUUGAACAGUUUUGCCUCACUAGCCCACUUGAAAAUAAAUCAUGGGAAAUGCACGAGGAGAUGUUACAGAACUCAGAAGAAUUUUAUCAGCAGCUGGGCCUUCCUUAUCAGAUAGUGGCCAUUGUUUCUGGUGCCCUGAAUGAUGCAGCUUCAAAGAAGCUUGAUUUGGAAGCUUGGUUCCCUGCCUCUAGAGCAUACAGAGAGUUGGUGUCGUGUUCUAACUGUACAGACUACCAGUCAAGAAGAUUAGAAAUAAGAUAUGGCCAGAAAAAGGUAUCCUCUUUAAUCUUGAGCAAUGAACAAAGAAAGGAGUACGUACAUCUGCUGAAUUCAACUCUGACAGCAACUGAAAGAACCUUGUGCUGUGUUCUGGAGAACUAUCAGAAGGAAGACGGAGUUGAAAUACCACAAGUUUUAAGACCAUUCAUGUAUGGGAAGACUUUCUUGCCUUUCCAAAGCAAACCCGCUCCUGAAUCAAAGGGAAAGAUGUCUAAAGCUGCCUUAAAUAUUCAACGAGGCAUACACCGUCUUGCUUUGCCGUUGCUCAGAAAUGUUUAACAAAACAAAUUCCAUAAUUAAAUACAACUACUUCUAUAUCAUAUGAUCAUAUCUGUAUCAUUUAGGAAUUAAUUAAAUCCCCUCUUACCAGUUUUAUCACCCUUUUCCUAAUUUUUCUCUUGAUUUAUGGUUAGCCAAAUAUUUAAAACAACUUGAUCUUGCCGCCAAACUUCAAUAAAAGUAUCCCUGCAUGUUCAAAAACAUACUUCGUAUGAAAUACUCGGUUACCUUAAAGCGUAUUGCAUCGUUAUUAAGUUGAAUUAAAGAAGCUUAUGGAA